CCCUUUUUUCAAUCUAUACUGUUCGAAUAAGAAAGAGCAUCAACUAUAAUGAGCUUCAUUGCCUCAACCCCAAACACUGCUGUUAAGAGGACUAUUUCCGUGUUGUCAACUCCAGAAGACCAAGGUGAGCAGAAGAAAAAUCGAGUCGCAAGCGUAGGCGUUUCUAGCUGUGAAUUCAACUACACAUUUGACAGUAUGGCCGACUUUGAAAAUCCUACUAAUGUUGUCCUUGACGACAACACAAUGAAGGCCAUCAAACAGACAGUCCAAGAAGCAAUCAACACCGUUCUCUCAACCCAAAUGAAAAGUAUGAUCGAAACGAUCAUUACUGGUGUAGUGGAUGGACUAUCUAAACGGAUAGAAUGCCUUGAACUUGAAAAUAACUCCCUUAAAAAUGAAAAUGGAAUUCUCAAGGACCGCAUGGUUAAAAUAGAAAAUACAUUGGAUGCCAGUGAGCAGUAUAGCCGACGUAAUAGCCUGCGUAUCUUCGGCAUCCCGGAAAAUGAGGGCCCAAAGGAAGGUACUGAUGGUAUCGUUAUGAACCUGUGUAAAGAGAAGCCUGAGGCCGAAACGGGGGCCAUUGAAAAGAGACCUUUUGCCAAGAAGUGGCAGAACAGGCAGAGGGAAGCCUGCGGCUGA